AACACAAACACAAACCCAAUUUUCUCUCUCUCUUUCUCUUUCUACUUUCUCUCUCUUCUUCAUUUUCUGAUAUCAAAUCUUUGAAACCAAAAUGGUGUCAAAGACUAAGAAGAAAGCUCCAACCAAAUCCAUCAAAGACCUUAACAAACGCCGCUGGCGCCGAAAAUCCCCGAUAAAAAAUGUCGUUGCCGCCUCCUCCGCCGUCCUCUCCUCCAUCCACCGCCGCAUCUCAAAACUCCUCUCGAAACUAGGCCUAACCCGCCUCAGUUCAAAUCGCAAACGAAAUAGCUACAAACUCCUCAAGAAAACUAACAACCUUUUCCAUUUCCCAAACGAAACCUCCCUAGACACCGUUUGCAAAACGCUCCUCUUCGACGAUAACGAACAACCGUCGAUUCUUCCACCUACUCUCUCGAAUCGGAAAACCGUUAUCCUCGAUCUCGAUGAAACCCUAGUCCAUUCCACAACAACUCUCCCUCCUCAGAGUUUCGAUUUUGUCGUCCGGCCGAUCAUCGACGGUGAACCGUUGGAUUUCUACGUCACGAAGCGGCCCGGAGUCGACGAGUUGUUGGAAUCGUUAGCGUCGAAAUAUGAAAUAGUGAUUUUCACCGCCGCGCUUAAAGAGUACGCGUCUUUGGUUCUUGAUCGGCUCGACCGGAACCGGUUUAUUUCGCACCGGCUGUACCGUGACUCGUGUGUUAACGUUGAUGGGAAGCUGGUGAAGGAUUUGGCUCAUGUGGGGAGAGAUUUGAAGCGGGUUGUGAUUGUGGAUGAUAAUCCGGUGUCGUUUUCGAAUCAACCCGAAAACGCGAUUUUGAUUCGGCCAUUUGUGGAUGAUGUUUGUGAUCGGGAGCUUUGGAAAUUGAGGAGCUUUUUGAAUGGGUCGGAUUGUUAUGAUGAUAUGAGGGAGGCUAUUAAGCAGUUUGUUGCUGAGAGAGACCGACGCUAGUAGUUUUUUUUCUUCUUUGAAUUUUUUUUAAUUGAGUUUGUGUUGGUUAAAGAAUGAAGUUGGUUGAACAGUGAAUUGUUCAACUUCAAUUGUCUAGUGAUGAUAAGAUAGUGAAAAGAAAAGAAAAAAAAAUAGGGAUAUUGUAAUGUGAUGUAUGUUGUGGAUUAGUAUCUUUUACUGUUUGUUAAUCAAUUAUACAGAGGUGGCUCCUCUGUUUCACAAAA